GCAAAAACGAGUGAUUUAUUCUGGAAAAACAAGGAAACAUGCGGCGAUCGUAUAUUCUGGUGGUUUUACUCUGCAGUCUGCCUUUAGCAGCUGGCCUGCGCUGUUACACCUGUCUGUUCCCGGCCAUCUCUCCUCUGGACUGUUUUAAGUUCCCUCAGGAGUGUCCAGCCGGUCAGCGCUGCCUCUUCAGUGAAGCCACCGGACGACGAGGAGCGCUAUCAGUGACCAUGUAUGAGAAGAGCUGCGCGGUGCCGUCUCAGUGUGGAGUGAGCGGACAGAAAUACUCCAGCGGCCUAUACUUCAACUACACCAACCUCUGCUGCGACACUGACCUCUGCAACAGCGCCCCCUCUGGUCUGAGAGCGACAGUGCUGAGUCUGCUUCCUGUCCUGGGACUCCUGCUCUACUAACAAUACACAAAACAACUGAAAAAUGCGCAGCAAUAAUAAGUAUUCAUAU